AUGGAGCUAGGCAGCAGGAACCCAGCAUUUCAAGAAGAUGAUGAGACAGACAAUGAAGUACAGAUCACCAAAUUUGAUUCUGAGGAGAAAUGCGACUCCGUUACGCUGGAUACAGAUGAGGAGUUCAACCAGAUCAAGCCAUAUGCUGGGAUGCCUAAGGAGGUGCUGUUGCUGUACUCUUCCCAGGCUUGCUACAGGGUGCCCAGAGAGAUCUUGUUCUGGCUGACCAUAGCCUGCACCCUGGCUCUCAUGGCUCUGAGCAUCACAGUUGUUGCCCUGUCCCCCCGUUGCCUCAGCUGGUGGCAGAUAUCCCCAGUGUACCAGGUUUACCCACGCUCUUUCAAGGACUCUGAUGGCGAUGGUGUAGGUGACCUCAAAGGUAUUCUUGAGCAACUAGAUCACUUCCAGUAUCUCAACAUUAAAGCCAUUUGGGUCAGUCCUUUCUACCGUUCUCCAAUGAAGGAUUUUGGCUAUGAUGUGGAAGAUUUCCGGGCCAUUGAUCCCCUGUUUGGAACGAUGCUGGACUUUGAAGAACUACUAGCUGAGAUGCACAAAAGAGAUUUGAAACUGAUCAUGGAUUUCAUUCCCAACCACACCAGUGACAAGCAUCGCUGGUUUAAUCAGAGCCGAUUAGGUGACCCACAUUACAGAGAUUAUUACCUCUGGACUGACUGCAAUGCCUCCAACCCAAAGCCUAAUAAUUGGGUGAGUAUUUUUGGAAACUCGUCAUGGACAUACGAUGAUAUUCGAGGACAAUGCUACUAUCACCAGUUUCUGAAGGAGCAGCCAGACUUAAACUUCCGAAACCCAAAUGUUCGAAAAGAAAUAAGUGACCUGAUUCACUUCUGGCUGGGGAAGGGAGUGGACGGCUUUAGGAUGGACGCUGUGAAGCACAUCUUUGAGGCCGAACAUUUGAGAGAUGAGCCACAAGUGGAUCCUCGUAAACCGCCUGAGGAAAUAAGCACAGAGUGGGAUCUGUACCACGACUACACCACCACUCAGAUCGGCUUGCAUGACCUGCUGAGAGAGUGGAGGGCGGACAUGGACAUCUACAGCCGAGAGCCUGGGAGACACCGGUUUUUGGUAACUGAGUCAUAUGAUUACCAUGAAGUGGAGAAGACCAUGAUGUACUACAGCACCCCUCUGGUUAAGGAGAGCGAUUUUCCUUUUAAUUUCUACUUGCUGGAUUUGCCGCAGAAUACCAGUGGCCCGUGGGCCAAACAUCUAGUGGACCUGUGGAUGUCUCACAUGCCAAAGGGACGAUGGGCUAACUGGGUGGUUGGAAAUCACGACAGAUCUCGCAUUGCAUCAAGCGCUGGCCCAGCCUAUGUUUGUACUAUCAAUAUGAUGCUGCUGACUUUGCCGGGAACACCCACUACCUAUUAUGGUGAGGAGAUUGGAAUGCAAAACAUCAACAUUACACAGGAUCAAGUACAGGACCCGGCUGGCAGAUACAACGUGAGUCUCAGUCGAGAUCCUCAGAGGUCUCCAAUGCAGUGGAGUGAUGACCUGAAUGCUGGUUUUAAUCUCCAUAACAACCUCACAUGGUUACCAGUACAUUCAGACUACAAAACAGUCAAUGUAGAGGCCCAAAAGAAAGAUGAAAGUUCUGUUCUUUCACAAUAUCGUUAUCUAAAUAUCCUGCGUGAGUCUGAGCUUUCUCUUCAAAGAGGCUGGUUCUGCUACAUACACACAGACGCCCGGGUCUUCUCCUAUCUCAGGGAGAUGGAUGGCCUCAGCAAGGCCUUUUUAGUGGUCCUAAACUUUGGAAAAGAAGCAGCUGUCAUAGAUCUCUCCUACAUCAAAGAACUUCCAAGCCAGCUCAAUGUUUUGAUGAGCACAGUGCAUACAAAUAAUGGUAAAAACAUGCCCACAUCUUUAAUUCAGACUGAGGCAGGUGAGGGUCUGUUGAUCCAGUUCUCCAGCAACAUUAAGUUUAACCACAACAACCAAGAGCAGUGCUAUGUCUCUGAGAAGGCCUGCUAUUUAGGAGUCAUGGACAUCCUUUACAGAUGUUAA